CUUUUAUGUUUUUUACCUUCAAAUUUCUCCAGAAACCCUAAUUUCCUCUAAUAAUUUCUCUCUCGUCUUGAACUCAAUAUCUCCAGCCUUCUGAUAGCUAAUUUGAAUUUAAUUGGAACCUUUAGAUCUCAAUACCCUAUUUGUUUUGGAGAUGGCUGAGGAUAAGAAUGGAGAUCGAAGUGAAGUCAGUGAUUACUCAUCGGAAGAUGAAGGGACUGAAGAUUACAGAAGAGGAGGGUACCAUGCGGUGCGUAUUGGUGACACUUUCAAGAACGGUGGCUAUGUGAUUCAGAGCAAGCUUGGUUGGGGUCAUUUCUCCACGGUCUGGCUCGCUUGGGAUACUCAAAGAUCGCGUUAUGUAGCUUUGAAGAUUCAAAAGAGUGCUCAGCAUUACACCGAGGCAGCAAUUGACGAGAUAAAGAUCCUCAAACAGAUAGCUGAGGGAGAUCCAGAAGAUCAAAAGUGUGUCGUGAAGCUCUUGGAUCAUUUUAAGCAUUCAGGGCCUAAUGGGAACCAUGUGUGUAUGAUUUUUGAGUACUUGGGGGAUAACCUUUUGACCCUUAUCAAAUACAGUGAUUAUCGGGGGGUUCCACUUCAUAUGGUCAAAGAGAUUUGCCGUCAUAUUUUGACGGGUCUCGAUUAUUUACACCGUGAACUUUCAAUCAUUCACACCGAUUUGAAGCCAGAGAAUGUGUUGCUUUUGUCAAUGAUUGAUCCAUCGAGAGAUCCUAGGAAAUCUGGUGCAUCUCUCAUCCUUCCGUCUAGGAAGGAUAAGGUUGUCCUGGAGACUGUUGCUUCAAAAGAAGUAAAGAGUUCGAAUGGAGAUUUGACAAGGAAUCAGAAAAAAAAAAAUCGGAAGAAGGUUAAGAAGGCAGCUCGAGAUUGUGUAGGAAACGAACCUUUGGAGGAAACUGAGACAGAUUCCAAGACUGGUGGCACAGAAGACACCAAUGCUGAUGUUAAAUCAAAUGAAGUUUGUGGUGGACAACCAAAAAAUUCUGUGGUUAAAGAUGAUGCAAGGAGUGAUGGAAUCAACAAUGGUAACCGAGGAAAGGAGAACCAUAGAAGGGGGAGCCGUGCAAUAAGGAAAAGACUGUUGGCUGAAGCUGAUCUUAAAUGUAAACUGGUUGAUUUUGGCAAUGCUUGCUGGAUAUAUAAACAAUUUACAAAUGAUAUUCAAACCAGGCAGUAUAGAUGUCCUGAGGUUAUCCUUGGAUCCAAGUAUUCAACUUCAGCUGACUUGUGGUCAUUUGCUUGUAUUUGUUUUGAACUGGCUACUGGUGAUGUUCUUUUUGAUCCUCACAGUGGUGAAAACUAUGAUCGAGAUGAGGAUCACUUGGCAUUGAUGAUGGAGCUUCUUGGAGUGAUGCCACGCAAGAUUGCAUUAAGUGGACGCUACUCUCGGGAUUUUUUCAGCAGACAUGGAGACUUGAAGCAUAUUCGCCGAUUACGUUUUUGGCCUCUCAAUAAGGUCCUUAUGGAAAAGUAUGAUUUUAGCGAGCAAGAUGCUACAGACAUGGCUGACUUUCUCAUUCCAAUACUUGAUUUUGCCCCUGAAAAGAGACCCACUGCUGCUCAAUGCCUCAACCAUCCAUGGAUCAGUGCUGGUCCUGGACUGCUAGAACCUUCCGCAACAGUUCAUGAACAGUGCACAGAUGACAGUACAUCUCAAAAGAAAAGGAAAGAGAAGGAUGACAGAGAGUCCAUGGAGGCUGGAGUGGGGAAUAUUGCAAUCAAUGGAAGAGCUUCAAAGCCAUCGAAAGAAAUGUCUCCGAAGUUGAAAUAACCUUCUGAAUUUCUUUUCUAUUGAUUUCUCAUGAAAUUCUUUCUUCACCGCAUUACUUUGCCAAAUGGCUGCCUGCUUUUCCUCGUUCAUAAAGACAUUUAUACCAUACCAGUUUGAAGUGAUCCAGCUUGGGUUGGGGACGGUUUCUUUAGGGGUUGACCCCAGUUUUGUAAGAAGAACAUUGCUCAUGCACCCCUGAACAUUUUCAGGGUGCAUGUUGCACCUCAGAACCUUCAAGCCCAAACUGGCUUGAAGGUUUUGGGGGCGUGACACAAGCAAAGGCUCUCAUGUUGAAUGGAUGUAAUCCUUUCC